UUUAACAAAUAAGGAUUAUUCAUCCACUUGCAUUGAACACUUUCCUCCAGUGUUUGCCCCAACACUCCAUCCUUAUCCAUAUCUCUGUGUCACCGCCUUUGAUCUCACCGGAGGUAUUCUACUAUAGAGAGACAGUCUUCAUUUUUCUUCUUUUAAUGGAUCCCAUCAAGUCUGAAAGCAGAAAAAAUGAACGGAGGGGGCUUCAGCAUAUCGGCCAUGACCAUCCUUUGGUCUUAUUCCAGCUUGUUGCAAGUGAAGAAGAAGACGAAGUAUGCUAUUGUCUUUUGUGUGGCAAACCUGUAAGGGGCUGGAGCUAUAGCUGCAAUGAAUGUGAUGUUUAUAUUCAUAAGGUAUGCGCCGAGUCAGAGUUACAACCCCAGCUUAACCAUCCUUUCCACCCCCAACACCCUAUCACUUUUUCCCCAAAAUCACCUUAUCAAGGGAGUCACGAGUGUACUUUGUGUGGUAGGAAUUAUCGGGGAUUUGUUUAUCAUUGUGCUACUUGUCGAUUCACUCUGCACUUCAACUGUGCUUUGCUUCAAUCAUCAAUGUCUGCAAAUUUUCCUGUUUCUUUGCACCCUCACCCAUUGUUCUUCAUUGAAAACCAUAAGGACCAAGUGAAAUAUGAUUGUUCCGGAUGUAAGAAAUCAUUAUCCGGUCCAAUUUACCACUGCCCCCAUUGUUCCUCUGAAUCAAACUUUAACCUUCAUAAGAAAUGUGGCGAACUAUCCCUUGAGAUUGAUCACUCAUACGACCUUAACCAUCCUCUUACUCUCUUGCCAAAACCACCUGCUCAUCGUGAGAAAUGUAGUUGCGAUUUGUGCAAAAUCAAAUGGGACGGAUUUGUUUAUUCUUGCUCUCUUUGCAACAUUGAUCUUUCAAUUAGUGAUUUUGUUUCACCAACGAUCACUGAUGCGAGUCAUGAUCACCCAUGGAGACUUAUAUUCAGAAAAAUGUCAUUUUUGUGUGACUUCUGUGGCACUGCCGGUGAUGGCUCCCCCUAUCUGUGUACCGAAUGUAAUCUUCUUGUCCACAAGAAGUGCAUUUCAUUGCCACGCGGCAUCUUGAUAACUCGACAUCAGCAUGGGAUUUAUCUUUCAUAUUCUCUUCGACGAAAUCGAGUUGAAGACUGGACGUGCAGAAUUUGUUACAAUGAAGUUGAUAUGAGGUAUGGCUGUUACUGUUGCUCUGUUUCUAAUUGCCAUUAUAUUGCUCAUGUAAAUUGUGCAACUCAUCCUUCAAUUUGGGAUGGAACAGUCAUCCCGGCUGACUAUAACGAGAGCUCCUUGGAAGCACAGACAAACUUGAUUACUUACGUUUUUAAACAAAUAAUGAUUGGAGAGCAAUUGGUAGCAAGUGUGAUUAGACAUGCUUACCACAUUCACAAUUUAACACUCGCUUUUAGCGGCGAGAUCAACGAUGACAGCCAAUGUGAUGGGUGCAUGAGGCCUAUCUCAACUCCUUAUUACAGUUGUGAUCAAUGCAAGUUUUUUCUUCAUAAAGAUUGUGCUGAAUUACCUAGAACAAAGCGACAUCCAUUCCACAAGCACUUGCUUACUCUUACGAUCACAAAUCGAAUGACUGUUCAUUCGUGUUCCGGUGCUUGUAAACGUGAAUAUCAAGGAUUAAGCUACAGAUGCAACCAUCAAGAUUGCAUAGGCCGUGGAAUCAAGUUUGACGUUCGAUGCAUGUUAUUAUCGGACACCUUGAAGCAUCCAAGUCACGAGCAUUUACUCUUUCUUGUCCACAACUUUUCAGGGAGUUGCAGCGGUUGUCUCACUCAAUUAAACGGGGACAAUAUUGCAUAUAGAUGUACGAACCAUUGUGAUUUCACUUUAGAUAUGGGUUGUGCAACACAACCACUCACUGCUUGGUACAAGUACGACAAACAUGCUCUUACACUGACUUAUUCUGAUGAUUCCGAUCCUUCCAGACUUUACUGUGAUCUCUGUGAGAAUGAAAGAAGACCAAAUGACUGGUUCUACUGCUGUGCUGAUUGCGACAAUUCUCUUCAUUCCAAUUGUGCUAUUGGGGAUCUCCCAUACAUAAAGGUUGGAAACAAAAUCGGAAUUCGUUGCAAUCGACAUGAACGUCGACCUCGAUUCACUUUGGUGAAAAACAUCUGGAAUUGCCCUCCAUGUAAGGUGUGUGGUGAGCUUUGCAAUGGUCAGGCCCUCGAAUGUAAAGAACCUCAGCGCAACUUUAACAUCCACUGGGGAUGCCGUAAUUCCUCAUAUGUUUAUGAAACAGAGAGGUGACAACUUCACAAGUCUGUAUCAAAUUUUGCAAUAAUGGCUUAUGGCCUUUGUGUUUCAUAUUUGCUUUUUGAUCAUGUUUAUUAAUGUUUUAAGGACUUGUACUUUGUUUAGGUCCAACAUGAAUUGUAACAACACAUGAUUGUCAUCUGCUUUUCUAUUUUGUUGUUUUUGUUUCAACCGAUGAUUUGUUGCAACAAUGAAAUCGUUGCUUCAAAAUUA